AUGUCAACACUUCAACAGCAGCAGCAGCAGCACGGCGCAGAGGAGGCCCAGCCGCGCGUGUAUCGCUGCCUCACCAUCGCUGGGUCCGACUCUGGCGGAGGGGCGGGCAUCCAGGCCGACCUCAAGACCUUCGCCGCUCGGGGCGUGUUUGGCAUGAGCGCCAUCACCGCCAUCACCGCCCAGAACACCACCGGGGUAAGCGGGGUGCUGCCGAUUCCGCCCGAAACGAUCCAGGCCCAGAUCGAGGCGGUGCUGAGCGACCUCGGCGCCGAUGCCAUCAAGAUCGGCAUGCUGGGCUCCAAGGAGUCCAUCGAGGCCGUGCUCGGCUCGCUCGCCCGCUUCUACCCGCCUGCGCCUUUGUCGGCCGACGACGCUGAUGCAUCGUCAGCGCCGCAGCCGCGUCGCGAGCUGCCCCCGAUCGUGCUCGACUCGGUGAUGGUGGCCAAGGGCGGCCAGCCGCUGCUCGACGAAUCGGCCAUCGCCCACCUGCCGGCCAUUCUCCGCUACGCGCGCCUCGUGACGCCCAACAUCCCCGAGGCCAUCCUCCUCCUCGAGCACCUCGCCCCGUGUGCGCCCAAGAAGGAGAAGCGAGUCGCCACCACGGUGCAGCACGUGCGGGAGGUGGCCGCGGAGCUGGCCGAGUGUCUGCGGGUCCACCACCAGUACACGGGCGCGGUGCUGGUCAAGGGCGGCCACCUGGAGGAGGAGAGGCGCAAGCGCCACGUAAGUGACGACGGCGAGCCGGGGGAGGAGGAUGCGGUGGUGGUGGACGUACUGUGCGACGGCGAGGGCCGCCUGUUCGAGUACGCGUCGGUGCGGGUGCACACGAGGAGCACCCACGGCACGGGGUGCACGCUGUCGUCGGCCAUCGCGGCCGAGCUGGCGCGCGGGCGGGACCUCGAGGCCGCGGUGCGCAAGGCCGUGCGCUACGUGCACGGUGCGAUCCUGCACGCGCCGGCGCCGGACGAUGCGACGGCCACCACCCCGCUGCCCGCGCUGCCGUCGCCCUACGCCCUGGGGUCGGGCCACGGCCCGCUGGACCACAUGUGGAAGCUCAAGCCGCUGCUGAGGUCAGCAACGGGCGCUGCUGGUCCUGUGGCGCCCGGUUCCAGCCACGACUUUGGGGCCGAGCUGUGGACCAGCAUCGAGGGCGUGUUCGAGAAGAUCAUCGCCCACCCCUUCAUCCAGGGCCUCACCAGCGGCGAACUGCCCGAAGAUGUCUUCAAGUUCUACAUAGUGCAGGACAUGCAUUAUCUGAGGGAGUACUCGCGCAUCCUGGCCCUGCUGGCGGCAAAGGCAGACUGCAACGCCGGGAUGCUACUCUUCCUCGAGUCCGCCAAGUCGAUCGUGGGCGGCGAGUGCGCCAUGCACCUGCAGUUCUGCCGCGAGUGGGGCAUGAUGGCGGAGGCCGACGACGCCGCAGCGGGCCUGGCCUCGCUCCUCGAGGCCCACCCGGCCAGCCCGACCAACAUGCUCUACACGUCGUACAUGCUGCGCAUCGGGUUCGACCGGCCCUACUACGAGGGCGUGGCCGCGGUGCUGCCGUGCGCCUGGAUCUACAACGAGGUGGGACACUACCUCAAGUCCAAGGGCAGCCCGCACCCGCAGUACGCGCGCUGGAUCGAGACCUACGGGAGCGAGGAGUUCAGCGCCACCACCAAGAGCCUCAUCGAGAUCACCACCGGGGUGGCGGCCGGUCUGGGUGACGAACAGAGGCGGCGUAUGCGCGAGUGCUUCGUGCAGACCUCCAAGUUCGAGUACAUGUUUUGGGACAUGGCCCACACCAAGCAGACAUUCCCCAUUUGA